GGGUCAUGGUGUUCUUGCCAGUGAUGAUGAUAGCCAUGCACGAGCAAUUAUACAUGUACAUCACUGUCCGUGACCGCUAGCGGAUGCCUGUUUGUAACCAUGUUCAAUGUAGAUGUGUAAGAUGCCCGGAAUGGCCACGUAGUAUACGUACGUACUAAGUGAGAUAUCAUAAAGAAAAUCUGAAAAUGGACAUGCAAGAAUUCCUGAUGUCCAAAGAAUCAAAUGUUACCCUUGACGAUGUCAACGUACCCAAAAACACCCUCGAUGAAAUUAGGAAACAUUUGAUCAUUUCUCCCUUUACUUCCGAGUCUAUUCAAAGUGUCGGACAUGUUCUUCUCUUCGGGGCACCUGGGACGGGGAAAACCUUUCUGUCGUCUGCUAUAGCGGGGGAGCUGAAGUCUGCGACGUGCUUCAGUCUGUCUUACUACGAAAUAAAAAACGAAAGUAUCGUCCGGGAACUGUUUUCUCAGGCAGAACAAAGGAAGCCCACUCUGGUAUUUCUUGAUGACAUCGAAGUUUUCAGUUAUAGCAAAGAUGAUGUCGAGAAUAGGAUAACAUCGGAAUUCUUGCGUCAGUUGGAAAGGUUAAAGGUCACCAAUGGCAGUGGCGUGUUGGUAGUUGGGAUGACAAAUAAGCCAUGGAAACUAGAUCCUUCUAUACUGCAAUGGUUUCAGCAUCGAAUUGAAAUUCCAUUGCCAGACGAGGACAACAGGUGUGAAAUAUUCAAAACUGAGCUAGAUCAUGCAAAGGUAUCCCUGUCUGAGGAACAACUUCUUGAAUUGGGAAGAAGAACAUCAGGAUUUACCGGAUCUGAUAUUGUAAUAGUUGUGCGGGAUGCUUUAAUGGAACCCAUUAGAACUGUACAAAAGGCAACGCACUAUAUGAAAGUCCAAGAGAAUACCAAGUGGGCGCCGUGUCUCCCUGACGCCCCCGGUGCCGUAGAAAUGACGUGGACAGACGUCCGGGCGGACGAACUACUGGAGCCGACUGCUACCUUUGCGGAUUUAAGGAAGAGCUUGUCCAACUGUAGACCUUCUGUAGAUGAUGAUUACCUCAAACGUUAUGCCCAAUUCCUACAAGAAGCUUCAACCGCCAGUGUUUGAUUACACGUGUACAUCUAUUACAUGUAGGAAUCAGCUAUAUAAUCGUGUAGUAGUGUUUGUAAUAUGGGAGAAAGAUAAAUUGUGAGCUAAUGCAUCACUUAUUGUCAAACAUAUCAUGGGAGCUGAAUUGCUGAAUUUAUAUUGAAUGUGCUAAAGAAACGAUCAAGUAUUUCCAUAGUUAUACAUUCAUACAUGUAUACACCAACCUAGUUUUUCAGAAAAAUAAACUUGUA